GAUUGACAUGUAAACAAAUAGUGGUGUCAUUGAUUAGCGUCGUCAACCCGUCAGUCAACGAAAUCAAAAUCCACCCGAAAUAUUGAAUUGAUGGUCGAAUUGAAGGUCAAUCGAUGUAAAUUAAUAAUUGAAGUUGAAUUGACUAUUCCAAACAGCGGCAAAUCAUCAGAACAUAACUAGGAUAUAGUAUUGUAAAUGGAACGUCCUGUGGAAAUGUCGCUAAUCAAAGAAGAGAAAAAAAGUUUGGACGAGGAUCUCACUGAAAACGCAGAUGAAGGGGCUCUGUUUGAAGAUCGCUUCUUAGAAGUCAUCUUAGAAGACAAGGCAGAACCAGUAGAUGGCUCUCCAAGCUGUGAAGAUGAAAAUGGAAAGAAGAUUUGUAUUGCAGAAGAAAAUAGACAUAUGGGUAUAGCUCAUACUGAAGAGAAAACAUAUACUUGCUCUAUAUGUCAAGGAAGUUUUUCUCAACAAAGUCAACUCAAAACACACAUGAGAACUCAUAUAGGAGAGAAACCAUAUACUUGCCCUUUAUGUCAAAGAAGUUUUUCUUGUCAAAGUGAUCUCAAAAUACACAUGAGAACUCAUACAGGGGAAAAACCAUAUACUUGCUCCAUAUGUCAAAGAAGUUUUUCUUAUCAAAGCCAUUUCACAAAACACAUGAGAACUCAUACGGGAGAAAAACCAUAUACUUGCUCUGUAUGUCAAAAAAGUUUUUCUCAAAAAAAUCAUCUCAAAACCCACACAAGAACCCAUACAGGAGAGAAACCAUUCACUUGCUCUGUAUGUCAAAGAAGUUUUUCUGAAUCAAGUGAUCUCAAAAGACACAUGAGAACUCAUACAGGAGAGAAACCGUAUACUUGCUCUGUAUGUCAAAAAAGUUUUUCUCAUCAAAGUGAUCUCAAGUCACACAUGAGAACUCAUACAGGAGAGAAACCAUAUACUUGCUCUGUAUGUCAAAGAAGCUUUACACAUCGAAAUGGUCUCAAAACACACAAGACUACUCAUACAGGAGAGAAACCAUAUACUUGCUCUCUAUGUCAAAGAAGUUUUUCUCGUCAAAGUCAUCUCAAAACACACAUGAAAACUCAUGCAGGAAAGAAACCGUAUAAAUCAGAAGGAAAGAUAACUUUACAAGAAACUAAUAUAGCAAGAAAUCAAGAAACUUGUGCAGAUAUAUGUUCAAAUUCGUUUGAGAUAUCAAGGGAAAAGGAAACACAAGAGAAUGAUACAUGUAUCACUAAAACAUCACGAGAUAGUUAUGAGCUGGAAGCUAAAGAUAAAAAGAGGCCUUUAGAGAGCACUCCACCCAAAACCAAAAAGCCAACAAUUAUUAGAGAGGUAUCUGUUAAAGCAAAGACCAAGGAUCCCAAAAAAGUGGUCAGACCAGAAAAUGAUAAGAACAUACCUUUGUCUCCCAAAGUAAUAGUAGAAGCAAUGGAUGGAAAUACCCAGAGCAAUAAAGAAAUAGUAGAGGAGAACACCAUAGACAAAAAUGAUUAUGUGAAGGGAGAAGAGAUUAUUCCCUCACCAGUAAUUGGUGCACUAAAAGUAAAUGAAAAAAGGAGGACACACAAAAACACAUGUCGAUAUCUUUCAGACGUUUUUGAUACCUUUUAUGGCAAACACCAUCCAUUACAUCUUUUACGAGUUCUGAUCAUUGUCUUGUUUGGCAUUGCAAAUGCCAACUAUGAAUUCAUAUAUGCUGAGGCUGGAGCAAAUGGAAGAGCAUCAGAUGGAGGAGUUCAAUCUAACAGCAAAUUCUUUGAACAACUUGAAAACGAUGACAUUACAUUUCCAGAUCCAGAGGAUUUACCUGUAGGAAAUUAUGGGAAAAUGCCGUAUGUCAUGGUAGGAGACGAUGCAUUUGCCCUCUCUGAAAAUCUAAUGAAACCCUUCAUGAAUAGACAGUUAUAUUUUCAAGGCGCUGAUAUAGAAAAUAUAGAUACUGCAACUGUACAGGAGGGUUCUUGGAGAUCUGAUCCGCAACAACUAGUCCCAUUACAACCAACUCAGAAAAGAAAUUCUACCACAUGUGCUAAGCAAGAUAGAAUGGCCAUCGUUUCCAUCCUUCCGUUGGUUUUGGCGGCGUCUUUGGCCUUCCUUGCCAACGGCGUCUCUGCCACUGGAGUAGAUGAGUCCGUCUGCAAUGUCGCCAAAUGCUUUAGAGCCCCGUGUCCUUCCAAUGCCUUCCCCCGAGCUAUUGAAGAGGUUCCAGGGUGCCGCAACUUCUGCGACAAACCUGGGCAACCUGGAGGGUACUUCUGCUGCGACGAGGAUCGAGAUCCAGAUCCAGCUCUUCCUGUUUCUUCUCCUCCUCCUGUAGCCAUGUCGCCAAUCUUAAGUCCUCCUCCUGCUCCUUUAACUCCUUUACCAGCUUUCCAUGUAGUUUUUCCCAACGCCAUUGCCAGCCUCAAAUCUAGGUUUGAGAAAAAGUUUGAUGUUCCUGCCAGUGCUGUUACAGAAAUGGAACAUCCUGUGGAAAUGCUGUUAAUCAAAGAAGAGAUGGAGAAUUCGGAGGAGGACCUUACUGAAAACACAGAUGAAGGCUCUUUAUUUGGAGAUGCCCUAGAAGUCAAGGUAGAACCAGAAUUUUUUGACCAUGGUGAAUACGAUCCGAACUGUUCAUCCCCUUCUAUUAAGUACGAGGACAGCUCUCCAAGCUGUGAUGAUGAAAGUGGAAAGAAGAUUUGUAUUUCAGAAGAAAUUAGACAUUUGAGUAGAACAGAAGUAUUUUCAAAGAGAAGCAACACAGCAGGGAAGCAAAUAACUUGUGCUGAAUGCCAAAAGACAUUUUCAAGGAUGUGCAACCUGAAAUCUCACAUGAGAACUCAUACGGGAGAGAAACCUUAUAGUUGCUCUACGUGCCAAAGACGUUUUUCUCAAAAAAUUCAUCUCAAAAGACACAUGAGUAAUCAUACAGGAGAGAAACCAUUCACUUGCACUAUAUGUCAAAGAAGUUUAUCUUGUCAAAGUGAUCUCAAAAUACACAUGAGAAUUCAUCCAGGGGAAAAACCAUAUACUUGCUUUAUAUGUCAAAGAGGUUUUUCUUAUCAAAGUCGUCUCACAAAACACAUGAGGACUCAUACUGGAGAGAAACCUUACAUUUGCUCGAUAUGUCAAAAGAGUUUUUCUCAAAAGAAUAAUCUCAAAACACACAUGAGAACUCACACAGGGGAGGAACCAUUCACUUGCUCUGUAUGUCAAAGAAGUUAUCGUAAUUCAAGUAAUUUCAAAAGACAUAUAAGAACUCAUACAGGAGAGAAACCAUUCACUUGCUCUGUAUGUCAAAGAAGAUUUUCUGGAUCAAGUGCUCUCAAAAGACACAUGAAAACUCAUACAGGAGAGAAACCAUUCACUUGCUCAGUAUGUCAAAGACGUUUUCCUAAAGCAAGUGAUCUCAAACCACACAUGAGAACUCAUACAGGAGAGAAACCUUAUAUUUGUUCUAUAUGUCAAAAAAGUUUUUCAGUCUCAAGUCAUCUCAAAAGGCACAUGCGAACUCAUACAGGAGAGAAACCAUUCACGUGUUCUGUAUGUCAAAGAAGUUUUUCACAAUCAGGGGUGCUCAAAACACACAUGAGAACUCAUACUCAUACAUUUACUUGCUCGGUAUGCCAAAGAGGUUUUUCUCGAUCUAGUAAUUUCGAAAAUCACAUGAGAACUCAUACAGGUGAGAAACCAUUCAUUUGAUCUGUAUGUCAAAGAUGUUUGUGUGAAACAAGUAAUCUCACAAGACACAUGAGAAUUCAUUCAGAAUAGAAACCAUUCACUUGCUCUGUAUGUCAGUGGUUCAAGUCGUCUCAAAACAAACAAGAAUUCUCCAGACCUAAUGUCAAAAAUGUUAGACAUUUUCAAAUACUUUGAAAUUGCUCUUGAAAAUUCAUAUAAUACGACUGAAAUGCCGUAUUAUAUGUACUAAUUCAGUGGUGCUUAUUUUAGUUGAACAAA